CAAUCAGAGCGCAGGAGGCGGGGCUAGACAACACGAGGUUAGGUUGACUUCUGGUGAGGGAAUAAACGUGGAUGGUCUUCUGGUUGUGAGAAGCAUGGAAAUGCAUAUCAGCUGGAGAGUUUACCCACACCUAUCAUGAUUGAGGAGGAAACUGAAAACGUUUAAGCUCACAGAGACAUGGAAGGGCAUGCAGAGGAGAGACUGUGUGGGAAAUGGAGGUUUACCUGCGGUUUGUACAGUUACAACUUGAGGGACGUCUUCACAUGGCGUCUGCUGAAGACCAUCUUAAUGGGGCAGGUCUUGUCCCUGCUGAUCUGUGGGACAGCGGUGAGCUGUCAGUACCUGGCCAUUGCCAAGGUGGAGACGCCCAUGCUGCAGAGCUUCCUCAACUACGCCAUGCUGCUCCUCGUCUACACGACCAUCCUCUGCGCCCGCAAAGGUGACAGGAACAUCUUGCACAUUUUAAAAACCAAGUGGUGGAAGUAUUUGGUGAUGGGUCUGGCAGAUGUCCAGGCAAACUAUGCAGUUGUGAAGGCCUACCAGUUCACCACCCUGACAAGUAUACAGCUGCUGGACUGCUUUGUGAUCCCAGUACUGAUGGUACUUUCCUGGUUCUUGCUGAAGACUCGCUACAGGCUGGUCCACUUUGUGGCCGUGGGGGUGUGCUUGUUGGGGGUGGGGGCCAUGGUGGGAGCCGACAUCCUGGCUGGAAGACACCAGGGAUCCACCAGUGAUGUGGUGCUGGGGGAUGGUCUGGUCCUGCUCAGUGCUGUCCUCUACGCUGUGUCCAAUGUGGGCCAAGAGUACACAGUGAAGAACCUGAGCCGGAUCGAGUUCCUGGGCAUGAUGGGCCUCUUUGGGACCGUCAUCAGCGGCAUACAGCUAGCUGUCCUGGAAACUCGUGCAGUAGCCACAAUAAAAUGGGACUUUCGCAUCUCCAUGCUGUUUGCCCUCUACGCCCUGUGUAUGUUCGCGCUGUACAGCUUCAUGCCUGUGGUGGUGAAGAUGACCAGCGCCACCGCCGUCAACCUCUCUCUGCUCACCGCCGACCUCUUCAGCCUCUUCUGUGGCAUCUUCCUCUUCCACUACACGUUUUCAAUGCUGUACAUCAUCUCGUUUGUCGUCAUCACUGUGGGUUUCAUCAUGUUCAACGCCGUUCCCACGUACUCUGCUCUGCCGGAGUCCGGCUCCAGUGAGAACGACCCCGCCGAGGUGUUCGCCGACGUCACGGCUGAGAGCUCCUCGGACAAUUUACUGUCCGCAGGCAGAGACGCUCCGAGAACUGAGUCACCGGCUGCUGUGUCUGCACUCUGACUGAAGACAGAAGAAAGUUGGGAAAAGUUUGUUCCUCCAUUAUAGGUCGCUUCCUACACGAGAACACGUUUUGUUGCACUUAGACAGAAAGGUCAAAAAUCUCAUCCAUCAUGGUGGUUAAGAGUUUGCAUCGACACAUUUUUCAUUCCUAUUUAUUGUAUGUCAUUUAAAAAAAAAAAAAAAAAGUAUCUUUAUUAACUGGGAUCAAGACUCCAUGUGUACUGAAAGUCGAUGUGUCAAACCCAAGCACUGCUCUGUUAUUUAUUGUGCUAAAACUAAUGUGUUACAUUCUUUCUCCUUUUUAAAAAAAACAAAACUGUAUGUGUUAUAUUUUACAAAAUACAUCAACCUCAACAAAAUAUAUCAUUUUGAAUUUGAAAACAAUCACAAAGUUGUUUUUUUUGUUGCCUAUGGUGCCGUUACAACUUCCAUCUGUUAGUCUACUAAACAUACUGUAUAUUCCAAGGCUGUCUUUACCUUGUUUAGAGCAUGUUGACGUGCAGAGGUUUCACUUUUUUACUAUUAAACAGAUUUUUAUAUUAACCUGGGUCGUCUUCAUUUUCGAAUGACUUUACACUUUAAAUGUGUCUGAUUGGUUGUUCUAUGUAAGUAAGUUACAAAUAAUGUGUGUUUGUUUUAUGUCUUCUUGCCUAAACUUUGUCUUACCGUCUGCACGUCACAAUAUCUCAGGAACGCCUUGAGAGAUGUUUUUCAA